AGAAGCGAUGGCAAAGGCAACACGAUGCGGAAGGAAACACAAUGCGGAAGCUAAGCGCUACUGUGUGCACCUAAAUUUGGUAUAGCAGCCCGCCAAAAAACACAAAGAAGAAGCGAAGCGCCCCUUUUCCUUUCUCUCAUUCGACCAGCAGCUCCUCUCGUCAACUACUCGACUGCUGCUUGUGAAAAGCAACACUAAAAAUGUCGGAAGAUGGUAAAUUGUUCAUCGGUGGACUGAGCUACGACACCAACGAGGACUCUCUGGCUGAGGCCUUCGGCAAAUAUGGCAACAUCGAGAAAGUGGACGUGAUCCUAGACCGAGAGACGGGGAGAUCCCGCGGUUUUGGCUUUGUGACAUUCGAUAAUUCAGAAGAUGCCAAAGAUGCAAUGGAGGGCAUGAACGGCAAGACUCUAGACGGUCGGACUAUUCGCGUCGAUGAAGCGGGAAAGGGCGGCGGGCGCUCCAGAGGAGGCGGCUUCGGAUCGGGCCGAGGAGGACGAGGCGGCGGUGGAUUCGGCGGCCGUGACCGAGGAGGCGGAGGAUACGGUGGCGGAGGAGGAUACGGAGACAGGGGAGACAGAGGCUACGGCGACAGAAGCUCCAGUAACGAGGGGAGAUAUGGCGGCGGCGGCGGCGGCCGUGGUGGCGGAGGCGGCUACAGGAGUCGCGGAUCAUACUCGAGUGGAGGAUAUGGCGAGCGCUCCGGGGGAUACCGCGAUCAACACGACUAGUAAACAUCGCUGAUUCCAGAUCAUCCAUUGACUGGCUAAUUUCAGAUGCGCUCCUCAAGAAAAAAAAUGUCCGUGUUAUUGCUGACCAAUACGUUUUUUUGUAGUUCUGUUGUAAGUCAAGAAUCUUCUCAUCGAAAAAUGUACUCAUGAGUUUGUCAUUUCUUAAUAAACCAUGUUACAAAUUGCA